AGUUUUCCCCAUCUGGCCACACGAGUGACACAAAACCAAAAGGAAAAAUUUUGCGUUCGGUUCGUGUACUGAGGUUAAAGUCAAAAAACAAACCAAAAAGCCUUCUAUUUGGUGUGAACCGUUCGAUCGGGCCGCUGUAGUGAUUAUCCAGGUUGCGAGAAAUAUAUCCACAAUCUGAUCGAGUGUAAAUCGCGGCGAAUGCACUCAAGGUGGCCGCUGCUAAUAAGUGUUCACGAAUGAGAGCGCAAAGCAGAUGGCGGAGAGCGCGUCCCGCGCUUCAGUGUGUGUGUGCGUAAACGAGUAGAAAGCGGCGGUAAAAACCUUCGCGUGUAACACUCAAUAAAAAAAUAAAGAAUUCAAUUUCCAAAAGAUAAUCAAUUACUCAUUGGAAAGUACGUGGAUAAAAUACGAAGGAAAGCCUAUCGAAAAUUGAGAGCAACAGUCACCGAAGAGCGGAAUCUGGGGACGAAAACAAAAACGCUUUAAAAACGCAGUCGCCGAUACAGAAAGUGUCAGCGUGUGCGUGUGUAAAUGUGUACGUAGUAGUGGGCAAAGAGAACGGCGAAGAAAGAAAAAUAAAUGUGGCAGUGCAAAACGCGGGGCUGAUAAAGAUUGUGAUAAUCACAGAAUAUAAUAGGAAAGAAAAAAGCGCAGUUAAAUUGGUUGAAUAAUAUUAUUUAAGCCAACACCAGUGCUGCAAAAAUCGGGCCGCAUUAUCAUCGAAACGUUCAGUGUUGCACAUCGCUGCCGCCCCACGCAUAAUCCAACACUUCUCCCCCCCCGCUCACGCAUACUCGAAUUGGGAUAACUACGUCUGCAUUAUAAUAUUGCGCUUAUUUUCACUCGCUUGCGUAAAAAUGCGACACGAUCUAUCACAGGACCUUUUAAUUUUUUUUUGUUAAUUGUUGGAUUUUAUUUUGACUACGUAAAAAGUACGUAGAGAAUUUUGAAGACUUGGGAUUUCGUAGAGAGAAAUACGCUAAAGGAACCAGCCAUGAGUCGUCUGGAGAAACAGCCAUACGAAAUCUUGAGCAGUGGCACGAGCAAGUCGCGUCGCAAGAAUCAGGAUGUAUCCCAUGAAUUGGGGUCUACAGCCGUUGAAGACCAGGAUUGUUUGGUGCGAAAUCAUUUUAAUGGACAUGUAGUGUCAAAUGGAAAUGGCAAAAAGCGGAAGAAUAGUAAAUCCGUAACGUUGACCAAUGGCAAAAAGUCGAAACCGAAUCCAGAGGGUUCUAGUUCGGGAACUGGCAAGUCCUUGUCAUAUAACAAUAAUAAUAACAACAACAACAACAGCAUAAGUACAACCAAUGGCCAGUACAACAAUAGCAGCAGUAAAACUACAUCAUCUUCUGCAAGGGAUUACAAUUACCGGGAUACCAUAUCCCCGCCAAAACAUUCAUCACCGCCAUCCAAAAAUGUUGCGGAGAUUGUUUGCAUUUCGGAUGCCGAAAGUGAUGAGGAGCGGGAUCCAGAGCGAGACUACUACGACCAAGAUACGGAGGAGGAGGACCCGAGCGGGAAGGACGUCGAUACGACGCCCCCAAGCAAAUUCAAAGCAAAGUCAAACAACGCAGCUGCAGCGGCGGCGGCUGCAGCAGCGGCUGCGGCAGCCUCUAUGGCCUCCCCGCCGGCUACGCCCUCCUACGCCAUGCCCACAAGCAACAGUUCACCUCUUGACUUGGACAACGAGGAUCACCAACGGGACCUGGAGGCGGUCACCGAUCUGCGAUCUUAUGUAAAAUUGUACAGUGAUGAAGCCGUCAGUCUGAAUGAUUUCAAAAUAAUUCGCGUUCUUGGCACAGGAGCCUAUGGACGGGUUUUCCUUGUUCGCAAACUGACAAGACACGAUGCCGGAAAAUUGUAUGCGAUGAAGGUUCUUAAUAAGAUAACGGUUGUCCAGAAGCGUAAAACCGCCGAACACACAAAAACGGAGCGUGUGGUACUGGAGGCCGUUCAGCGUAGUCCCUUUCUUGUAAGUCUUCACUACGCCUUUCAGUCCUCCUCCAAGUUGUAUCUCGUGCUAGACUUUGCCAACGGCGGAGAGCUGUUCACGCAUCUCUACCACGCGGAACACUUUGAGGAGCCCAGAGUGCGGGUGUACAUUGCCGAAGUCGUGCUGGCCCUGGAGCAGUUGCAUCAGCUGGGAAUCAUCUACCGUGACAUAAAAUUGGAGAACAUUCUGUUGGACGGUGAGGGCCAUAUUGUUCUCUCCGAUUUUGGACUUUCGAAGAUCCUCACGGCGGAGAAUGAGUAUCGUGCUCAUAGUUUCUGCGGCACCCUGGAGUACAUGGCUCCUGAGAUCAUCCGGACGGGGCCGCCGGGACAUGACAGUGCUGUGGACUGGUGGUCGGUGGGUGUGCUCACUUUUGAACUGCUUGCUGGAGCCUCGCCGUUCGCGACGGCCGAUGGACAAGUACAGCAGUCGGAGAUCUCGCGACGAAUCCAAAAGGAGCAGCCCAUGAUCCCAUCCUCGUUUAGCGCCAAUGCCCGUGACUUUGUUCUGAAGAUGCUGGAGAAGAAUCCGAAGCGGAGAUUGGGUGGCAACCAUCGUGACGCUAGCGAAAUCAAAGAGCAUCCCUUUUUCCAUGGCAUCAACUGGCAAGAGCUGCGCAACAAGCGUCGGAAGGCGCCUUACCAGCCCCCGCUUAACUCCGAGGACGAUGUACAGAACUUUAGCAAUGAGUUUACCGACCAAAAGCCGGAGGACCCGGCAUGCGAUGCUCCACCUAGCCGGAUCAGGCUCUUCCGCGGUUACACGUACGUGGCACCGGAGCAUUUGGAGCAGAUGCGACGGGAUAACCACUGCCAAAUUCAAUACUGCAAUCCAGGAAUUCAGAUUUUACCUGCGCGACCGGAUGACCUCGAAUUGGGCACCCGCACCGUGGGCGGUGCCUAUGGCACGUGUCACUUUGUGGAGGACAGUUCCUCCGAGAUGGUGUUCAUGGCUAAGGUCGUACCACUCUCCAAGUUCCGGCUCUCCGAGGUGGACGCCCUGAUGUCAUGCGCCCUGGACGGAAACAGUCACAAAAAUAUCGUUAACUAUCAUGGAACUUUUAGAGACAAGUGCGAGACUUGGAUCAUUAUGGAGUACCUGUGUGGCGAGGAGCUGACCACCGCCAUUCGCAUGGAUGAGCAGACGUGUCGGGAGAUUUUCCUGCAGCUGGUCAUGGCCGUGCGUCAUAUCCACUCUAAGCACUUUAUACACGGUGACCUGAAACCAGAGAAUGUGAUGUUCGAAAGCCGAGAGGACAGGAACGUCAAAGUGGUCGACUUUGGCAAUGCCUGUUACAACAGUACUUUCCAAAGCUGGAAGGACAAACCGCGCUAUACGCUGGACUACGCCCCGCCGGAAAUGCUUGAGGAUGCGAAUCUCGUCACCUAUUCGCCAGCAGUGGAUAUUUAUGGUCUUGGGGCUACGCUUUACACAAUGUUAGUGGGUCAUCCGCCGUACAGGCAAAACCAGGACGAUGUGAACCACUCUGCCAGCGCCCAUCAUGAGCUGCGCAAACGCAUGCGUCGGGAGAGGUUCAACCAGCACUCAAAGCGUUGGGAAAAUGCAAGUCCUGCGUUCCGGCUUUUAGUCAGCCAAUGCCUCGAGCGAGAUCCUGCAGAUCGCCCCACGUUGACAGACAUUCUCAACAGCGAGUGGCUGCAGUACAGCAUGAAUGAUGCGGACGUGCACAUCAUUGUACCGGAAGAUCAACAGGAGGUUGUGGACCUCAGCGAGGACAACUUGGAGCAGGUGACUUCAGGUAGGUUGGACGAGCAUCAGCAGCAGGAACAGGAACAGCCCGUAUCCGAGCUCGACAAAUUGACGCAGGACGAGGGACGAUACGACCCGGACUUCGAGUGCCAGGCGGACUUCUACGGCUUUGACGAAGAUGCGCCGCCUUUGCCUCUUCCCGAAGAGUACUACAUUGAGUUACCUCUGCCCCCGGAGGAUAGGCUGCACAUGCCACCACCUCCAGUUCCGGUAGAGGUUGAGGCGGAACAGGUCAGUCGACGGCCCAGAACACGGCAGCAGCGUCGCACCGAGAGCCAGCUGUUACAGUCUGUUGUCGCCACUUCGCUGGAGGACAGCAAGGCCUCGUUGCGCUUGCUGAUGCAGCAGUUGCCGCCACCUGCCGACAUAGUAGUGGCCCCCAUGCCUAAGCGAACCCAGCGCGUCGUACGCACAUUGCCGCCUUCAUUUGGAAGCUCAAAGCCGGUCGAGGAGAGUUUCCAUGGUUUCAGCAAGACGGCCAACUCAUGGCGCAAGUCGCGGGCCAGCUGGCGGCACUUCUGUUUGCUCAUCAACGGCGUUCAGCAGGUGCUCAAGAAUCGGUUUAAAAAGACGCGACGCGUCUACUGCUUACCCCCCAUCAAGUUGGAGAAGAUCGAUCAUGCGUAUGAGAAACCGCUGAUAUUUCCGCGACCCAAGCCGGCGCAGCUGAGGCGUGCUAAGCGGGAGCAGAAGGUGCCGCGACCACCGACGCGCGUACAGCCGGAAAGGGCGCGGGCACUGCGCCAGCGGUAUGUGUUCGAAUGACAUGAGGAUGACGCGGACGAUAUGGUUGAGGUGGUGGAGAUCAAGGACGAACCGCUGGACGAGGAGGGGGAGCAACUGCGAGCGGUGCUGCAGUGGGAGGGCUUCCCCAGGAGGCCGCGGAUGUACAGUUGACCACAGACUUUGACCGAUUGGCCCGCUCAGGACGACGACGAUGACCAGAACCCGGCCAAAACCGUGGGUGCAGACCCCUUGCGGCAACAGACCCACUAACACUCUUCAUUACAUAAAUAACACAAGUAAGAGGAUCCGCAGAUCGCACCAAAGAUCCUGUCAAUAAUUAUUUUCAAUUUUGUUAUGCAUUAGUUUAAGUCGAGAUAACUCAGUUUGCCUACCACUUUUUCACGUCACACUGAAAACGAUCUUAUAAGUGUAUUUUAUAUGCGAUUUGUUGUGCUAGUUAAUUAUUUGAAUUAAAUGAAUUAAUUUAAUUAUAAAAAGUCAGACACAAAAGGAAACGGUAACUAUACAAAGGCAGCAGUUUGCAUUGAUCUUAGUGCGGUUAAGACAGAAAAACAAAAAAAAAAAAUUACAAUUAGCGACAUCGGAACACAAUCACUAUAUCAUUAUUAGAGUUCGCAAUUAGUUUAGUGCAAAAUUAUGUUUAAGCCAGACAGUGAGAAGAAUAUAAAAAGCCAGCCCCCUUAUUACAAACUUUUGCUUUAAGUUGUGCUCUAUGUUAAGAUAUACAUUUAUUAUCUCUAACGCAGAAUUCUCAGAAGUACCCAAAAACUAACAAAGAGUACCGCCCAAAAUAUAUUGCCAACCUCAAUCGGGAUUAGCCAAUGGCAUUCAAUCCCGAUCGGGCUUGGCAAUUUGUUUUCCUAAAUAUAUUUAAAAUUAAUUAUUUCAGUUGACACUAAAGGGAUAAAUAAGAAACGCCCGAAGAGCCAUUUCCACAUGAAACUGAGAAGUUAUUCUUCGGGGCCGUGCAAAAAACAAUGCGUUAUUUGCAAAUGAAAACUGAACAAGAAACGCAAAUAGUCGUAGAUUUGUUAAUGGCAAACCAACUUUAAUUUGUUUUGUUAAGUAUUUUUCAUUGUUUAGUUUUUUAAACUUGUAACUUAGUAAGUUAAAGCAAUGGAAACCGAUGAAAUCUAAAUAAACAAAAGAAUUACAAUAUUUUAAACACGCAUGAUUUUUAAAUUUAUAUUCUGUAUUCUUUUUUUUUGAUUUGAACGCACCCACAUAAACCGCUCCCCUGACAAAAACUUAAACCAAAACCAAUUCACAUAUCGAACCGUGUAAAUUUGCCGUAAAGUCGAUUGAAAAGGAUGUUAAAAAUAAUGGUGUAAAUUUUAGUAUAAAACAAAUAACAUUUAUAUUAAAGUUGCCUUUUAACAAGUUGCCUUAGAACACACACAAAUGAAAACCCAAAAAAAAAAAAAGAAAAACUUAAAGAAGUUGCAAUACGAAAAGUUAAACAAACCUUACAUUUUAUAAGCAAAACGGUAAACAGAUAAUCGAGCUGUUUGGCAUGAGUUUUAAUAGGCGCGAUCAGUGGCGGUUCGUCUUAGUUUAAGAUCACUGGAACUGUUCUAGGCUAUAGGCACUAUCCAAUCUACCUACAGAGGACGCAACAACCAAUAAGCAUCAACCAAUGGGGGACAACUACUUAAAUGUAAGAAUAAAGCAAUCAAAUCGUAUAGAACUCGGUUUUUAUAGUUCGGCCAAAGCGUUAUACGGAAUAUGGAUAGUUAUGUAACCAAAAAAAACGAACGCGGAGAUCAAUUUGAAGUAUACAGAUGAAUUUGAAAGAUGUUGCUAGCGAUUAAGUCACCAAAGUCUGUAAAUAAAACCAAUAUCAAAAUGCAGUUAAAAUAAAAGCAUUUCAAAUGAUAAACAAA